AUGUCCCCCCGCAGUACGCCGAGCGACCCUUCGCUGGUUGCUUCCGCGCACGAGCAGCAGCAGCCUCCACCACAGCCGGCGUCUGUCUCACCCGGCAAUGCCGCCAUGGAGGCGCUGCGUCGGUGGCGCCCCCCGGUCAAGGGUGCCACGCCCACAUUGGCGGCGGGCGAUCCAAAGGCCGGGGGCUGCCACCAGCGUGCCAUGCUGGUCGCCCUGCUGGUCAACAUGUCGGCGGGCACGACGCUGGGCUACGCCUCCGUGUCCAUGUCCGGCAUCGAGCUCGAGCCCUGGUACAGCUUGCCGCGCACUACACCCGAGAACCAGUGGAUCGCCGACAUCCUGCUGCUCGGGGCGGCCGCUGGAGCGCUGCUCUCCGGAUUUCUGCUUCACAUGCUGGGCCACAGAAGAACGCUGCUGCUGUCCGCCUUCGGCUUGAUCAACGCCUGGAUGUGCAUCGUCGUGUCCAACAGCGUCACCAUGCUCUUCAUAGGCCGAGUAACGUGUGGUAUCUGGCUCGGAGUCUCCACCAACACCGUGAACCUCUACGUCAUCGAAGUGGCCCCUGCUGCAAAGAGGACCUUCUUUGGCGGGCUCACCGAGGUGGCCUUGAGCGUGGGCAUGCUAGCAUCCUACGUGCUGGGCGGUAUCGAGUGGCACAUCUCGGCGAUUCUGUUCAUGCUGGCGCCAGUGCCCGUGUUUGUGCUGCAGGCCUGCGUCGUCGAGAACCCGCGCUGGUUCGCGACGAAAGGCCGUUACCGUGACUCGAACACGGCCAUGGUUCGUCUUUACGGAGACGACGCGCCCACCGACAUGAGACUGAGCAGGACGGGAGAGGAUUCCAACAUCUCCGCGAUGGGUCGACAGAAGAUGGUCAGGAUGCUGACGGUCAGCGUGCUGCUAAGCCUGCUGCGGAACAUGUCCUGCGCGCAGCUCGUUCUGCUGCGAGCCGUGCAGGUGACGGGCCCCCUGGUGGACGUGAUGUCACCGCAGGAGGCGGCCUGCCUCUUGUUCGCCAUGCACGUCAGCUGCACGACGCUGUUCACCGCCCUGACCCGCUUGAUCGGCCGCCGCCAGCUGCUCAUCCUCUCCUCGGUGCUGGUCGCCGGCGUGCUGUCCACCUUACGGCCGUUCGACCACGUCGUUUUCAGUGCCGAUUUCUUCAACAGUGCUCUCACCAAUCCUUGCAGCGAGUGGUCGCCCGAGGCUGCUAGUGAGACCAAGUGGAACGCCUUGUCUUCCGUGUUCCUGCUUGUUCUGGCCUACUCGACGGGCCUCUGCCACGUGCCUCCGAUGGUGAUCAGCGAGCUGCUCCCGCUGAAGAAGUGGCGUAUCUUAAGCGCCUCGCUGCUCUGGGUGUGGCGCUGGCUGGUCACCUUCGUUGUCGUCAACUUCCACGCGUACCUGCUGGGGGCCGGCGAAUACGCGAGUCUCUCGGCUGCGUUCGGCCUGGCGCUGCUUGUGGUCGCUGCGACCGCCAUUCCCUUCGUGCCGGAGACCGAGGGCCGCACGUUGGCCAACAUUCACCGCGACGAGUGA